UUUGUUUCAAGAUGUUCGCAAACUAACUUUCACUCUGUUGAAACAUCUGUACUUGAGAAACUGUGGAAUAGUAUUUAAACAGUUGUAUCCCAUGUAGUCCGCUUCUUACUCACGGCAAUUACGAUUAAAAACAGAAACAUUUGUAUUUUACCGUGGUCAAUCAUCAUUGAUGAAGCUAAACAGGGGUCUGAGUCGAUCGUCGAUUGAAUCGCUCACACAGUACAGCGAGUUGUGACAGUGCUGAACUCGAGAACUGUCAUCUGAAAAGCAGUGUGCUGCUGAGUGCUCGCUCUUUUCGGAUAGUAUCAACAAGACAGAGAUACCCGGAAGGCACGAAAGUUAAUUCAGGGGACUAGAAUGAAUCGUUUCAAGACCUCCAAAUUCAAAAACACCACCCCGAAGAUCGCCAAGAAAGAUGGCUGGAUCAGUAAUGUCCGGGCAGGAUCCUUCACCUCUCAGGGGAACCACAUCAAAUCCAGCACCAGGCUUGUGGCCUUCAACACUGACCAGGCUGGUGGAGGAAUGCUCGGCCUCACCUCUGUGGAACCAGGGUCUGAUGGCAAGUGGACAGUGACUGUGAUCCCAUGUCAUGCUGAUCUGAUAACUGAUUUGGACUUCUCUCCGUUUGAUGAUAAUCUCCUGGCUACCUGUUCUGCAGAUGAAACGGUGAAGCUGUGGCGUGUGUGUGAACCAGAACAGGAGCAGCCCGGGGGGGCGGAGGUGACCCUGUGUCCCGGAGAGGGUCGUCUGGAGCUGGUCGCCUUCCACCCCACCUCCUCUGGCCUGCUGGCUGUGGGCUCCACCAAGACAGCCCAGCUCUGGGACACCAGCUGCCAACAAUCACCACUAGCAGCUCUGGAGCCGCACGGUGAUCAGCUGCAGAGUCUUAGCUGGAAACAGGACGGCUCCCUGUUGGCUUCCUCCUGCAAGGACAAAAAGCUGCGAGUCUUUGACCCCAGAGCCCAGCUGACACCUGUUCAGAGUGCCCAGGGACUUCAGAGUAACAAGGACUCUCGAAUCCUUUGGGUCAAGGACUCUGACCACAUACUGACCACUGGCUUCGAUCAGAUGCGGGGUCGGGAGGUGAGACUGUGGGACAGCAGGAAGUUGGGAUCCUCUCUGGGCUCUGCCAACCUGGGCACCUCCAAUGGGACCCUGAUGCCUUUGUUUGACCCUGACUCAGGCCUCCUCACAGUAUCUGGGAUGGGAGAUAGUGUCAUUGACUGCUUCGUUCUCUCUUCCAUAGGUCUGUCCUCUAAUCUCCCUUCUUUCUCCCUCUUAUUCUCUCCAGUGAGCCACUGUCUGACGGACGCCCCAACGCGAGGCGUUGCCAUGGUACCCAAGUUGGCAUUGGAUGUCAUGUCCUGUGAGGUCAUGCGGGUCCUGCAGCUGACGGACAGCUUCAUCGUGCCAAUCAACUACCACGUGCCCCGCAAGUCAGGACAGGAGUUCCAUGCAGACCUGUACCCAGACACCUUGGGCCGUAAGGCAGCCAUGUCAGCUGCAGAGUGGUGGAAAGGUGGCGAGAAACAGGUUGAUAAGGUCAAUGUCAACCAUCCAUCGUCAGAAGCCUAACAAUAUAAACCAGCCAAUCAGACGGCUGCUAAGAAAGAGCUGCCCAGUGGGAGGAGCAAAGAGGAGGCUCCCAUGCGAGGCUGCUCCACCUCCAGCAGUCCCCUGAGCUCCCCAGCAGCAGUGCUGCCCACCCUCCCCUCCUCCACCUCUGGCCUCUCCUCAGGCUUCCUCCCCAGCCCCAGCCAGAGUGCCAAAGCCAUCAGCAGCAUGUUGGGUCCCAGCAGUAAGUUUCGUCACCUGCAGGGUGCGGUGCUUCACAGAGACACGCACUUCACCAACCUGAAGGGGCUCAACCUCACCACGCCCGGGGAGUGUGAUGGCUUCUGUGCCAACCGCCAUCGUGUGGCCGUGCCCCUCGCCACCGCCGGGGGUCAGAUCGCCAUCUUUGAGUUGUCUCAGGCUGGGAAGCUAGCGGACACGGGCCUGCCCACCAUCCAGAACUCUGUCAACGUGGCUGACUUCUCCUGGGACCCCUUCAACAGUCACAGGCUGGUGGUGGCGGGCGAGGAUGCUAAGAUCCGUGUGUGGCAGGUGCCUGAGGGGGGUCUGACAGAGACCCUGACUGAGCCAGAGACCAUCCUGCAGGGCCACACUGAGAAGAUCUACUCAGUCAAGUUCCACCCCCUGGCGUCGGGCCUGCUGGCAUCCUCCUCCUACGACCAGACGGUGCGCCUGUGGAACCUGGAGUCUGGGGACGAGGUCAAAGCGCUCCGGGGACACCAGGAUCAGAUAUUUGGGAUGGCGUGGAGUCCGGAUGGUAAACUCCUGGCCACGGUGUGUAAGGAUGGGAGACUGCGCAUCUACGACCCUCGCAAGUCUGCUGACCCAGUACAGGAGGGUGCAGGUCCUGAGGGCCACAGAGGGGCCCGUGUGGUGUGGGUGUGUGACGGCAAAUACCUGAUGGUGUCAGGAUUCGACAGUCGCAGUGAGAGAACCCUGUACCUGCACUCCGUUGAGUCCCUGUCCUCCGGGGCCAUCGCCAGCGCCCCCACCGACGUCUCACCCUCCACCCUCAUUCCCUUCUACGACCCCGACACCAGCGUCGUCAUCCUCACCGGAAAGGGUGACACGCGAGUGUACAUCUUUGAGAUAGUGCCAGAAGCUCCCUAUUUCCUGGAAUGUGCCAGCUUCAACUCCUCAGAGCCCCACAAGGGCUUGGCCUUCCUGCCGAAGACUGAGUGUGUGGUGCAAGAGGUCGAGGUGGCCAGUCUGAGGCUCAGUAAGACCUCCAUAGAGCCAGUGGCCUUCAGAGUCCCCCGCGUCAGAAAAGAGUUCUUCCAGGAUGAUGUGUACCCAGACACAGCAGUGUGGUGGGAGUCCUCUCUGACAGCCUCAGCCUGGCUGGCUGGUUCUGAUGGGAAGCACCAGUCCGUCAGCCUCAAGCCCAAAGACAUGACCCCAGUGAGUGAGGCGCCCAAGGAGGUCCAAGUGAGAAAGUACCUUCCAUCCUCUCACUACCUGGAGGAGAAGACUGACGAGCAGAAGAAAGAUGAGCUGUUGAGUGCCAUGAUAGGCAAGCUGGGGAACAUGGAUGACAACCCUCUACCACAGGAGUCCUUCCAGGGAGUAGAAGACGAUGAGUGGGGUGACUAGUGUGUGUUGCCUUGCGGACCAAUCAGGGUCCAGCAGUAGCCAAGGGCCUGUUGGACUGAAACGUGUCAUUCCUGUGUGCCACUGAUGUGUCCUAUGUCAAAAGAACAUCUCUCAAACGCAUAACAUUAACCUGUCAUUAGGGUUGUAAAAUUCUGUCAACAAAAUGUCUAGCUUUUCCAGAAAUACCAAUUGGAGAGCCCUACCUCCCAUAUCCUUGUAUCAUCCUCUAAUACUCUGAGUAAGUAGAUGUUGCCUCUAACCAUUGACUGAAUCAGGAUCAGAUAUGUUUUCCUCCCCAUAAUGUUUAAAGGUAGGACUGGGGUUUGGGAAUCUGAUCCCAGGUCUGUUGUUAAAGGCAACCUCACCCCAAUUUGACCUUUGACUUGCAGCUGCCUUGUACUGUAAAUAGCUAACAUUCCUACCAGGCUAGAUAGUUAAAUGACUCCCAGCACUCCCUUACAACCCAGCCCUUACCGCCACACUGGAUGGACACCUGCGUGUCUGUCACCACUCCUAACCUAACACCUGUGUGUCUGUCACCACUCC